CGACUUUUUGCACACUUAUCCAUCCAUCGACCUUUCAAAGCUUUUCAAGUGGCUAUAAUCAUCUCGCAAUUAAUUAGUUAUUACAAGGCCACAAAUUCACUUCCAGCGACCAAUUUACAACCAUUCAUUUGAAUUCAAUUCGAAAUUCCCCUUUUCACCACUUUUGAAUAUUUUUUUCACUCGACUACCUAUACUUUUUUUCUAUAUUCUCAUCUCUAGUUUUAUUUUUAUUACAAAAUGAGCUCUUCUAUUCACUCUCAUGUUAACGGGCACCAACCCGCUACACGCCUGCCUUCUAUCUACCCAAUGAUGCGCUCUUCCAAGAAUGUUCAUGACCCCGUUUAUCCCACUUACUCUCCUUACUUGACCACAGAGUCACAGAUCCAGUCGCUGAAGAGUAUGCUGGCGCAGGGGGAUGCCGAAAACAAGGAAAUACACGCCAGAAUUGACAAAGCCGAAGCCCACAUCGAGAAGAUGCUUGCCGAGGACAACGGAAAAGAUGCUGAGAUCAGUGCUCUUGAAAAUGAGAACAGAGAGAACGAGUGGCUGCAGAGCGAAAAUGACAGGUUGCGGAGUGAGAGGAACAGGCUGUGGACCGAAAACAAAGAGCUCCAGAGAAACGACGCAAUCCCCCAGAAGACACACAAGGCUCUCUACAGCUUGGUCCUGUCCAAGCACGCAGAGAUCGAGCAGCUGCACGCCGAUGCCAAGAGGAAACGCCCUUACACCGACGCUUUACAUGACGCAACCGAGCACGUACAGUCAUCCAAGAAGAGAACAUCUGACAAAAUAGCUGACAUUACAGCCCAACUUGCGGACGCUCAGGAGGAUCUGGCAGCGCUGGCAGAUGACAAACGGCGCCUUAAAGAGGAAACCUUCAGUUUAACCAAGCAGCUGACCCAAGCCAACAACUCGCUUGCAUGCAAAGAUGCCCACAUUGCUAGCCUCAAGGCUCAGGCUUGCACCGAGACUGGGUCUAAUGGCGGCGCGCGCACUCGACAUGCUACUUCUGGUGCCCAAGUCAACGGAUGUCCAACAGCACCAGACAGCAGAGGCAACUGCAACCACCAGAACGAGAUCGUGCGUUUAAACAGCAAACUGACCAAGGCAGACUGCGCGCAGGAACAUAGCGCUUGCCAGUUGGAGAAAAUGAAAAGGUGUCUUGAGAUUAAGGAGCGGGAGAUUAUGGCACUGAUUGGAAAUUUGGCCGACCAACCAUUUGAAAGUAGACCAAUGGAUGGGUGUCUUGGUCCAAAGCAGUCUGUGAAAGGAACAUAUUUGGAAUUUCUUAUCGAUACGCCGAACACGUCCAUGGAGUCGCCAGCUGACAACCCUGUGCGUGCCUCUGAAUUAAAGCAGCGCUUGCGAUAUGUGGCCGUGGCCGACGCGCUGGUGCAAAAUAGGCCCAGCAAUGACCACACCACCCCUCGCACGCGUGCUGAGGAUUAUCCUGCUGAUGGGAGCUCCAAUGUCAGCACCAGCCGCCCGAACUGCAAAUCCAACAGCAAAAGCGUGCGCUUUGCCCUGGAUUAACUUUAAUAUAUUAGGAUGACACUAACUUUUACUUUUCGUAUAAAACUACUGAAUUUUAUCCUUUAUAAAAAUA